UCAUAUCAGAGAAAUAUUAAAAGAAAAAAUAUUUUGAUAACAAAACAUUUUGUACCAAGUGGAGUUUGGACUUUUAAUGGAGAAUGAGAGCGAAUAGUAAUCUUGAAGAAUCAAACGCGGGAUCGACGGCAAAAUAAACGAGCACCUCGGUGGCAGGUCCUUAUGCUCAUGAGGCGGCGAUCACGAUGGAGCCACGUGCGAUGAUGAUGUCGAACCUGUCGUGCGACGGCUGCGCGGACAGCGACCGGGACUCGGAUAGUAGCAGCAUGAUCGUCGACCCGGUGAGUCUCGACAAGAACGACUUGUCGCCGCCGUCGCAGACGUCGUCGAGCCCGGUGAUACCGAGCUGCUCGCCGGUACCAACGCCGACGUCAGUGCCGCCGUCGGCCGGCAGGAGUCGAAGCAGCGGUGGAAGCGGUGGCGGCGGACGUUCUUCAAAGAAAACCUACUCGAUGAUGUCGGCAUCGAGUCAAUCAGGGAAAUCUAGCAGUUCCAAUCAAUCCCCAUCCAGUUAUAAUUCCGACAAGAUGUCGUCGUCCUUGAUAAAACCACCGUAUUCGUAUAUCGCAUUAAUCACCAUGGCGAUCUUACAGUCGCCGCAGAAAAAGCUGACGUUGAGCGGCAUCUGCGAAUUCAUUAUGUCCCGCUUUCCCUAUUAUCACGACAAGUUCCCCGCCUGGCAGAACUCUAUCAGGCACAAUCUCUCGCUCAACGAUUGCUUCAUCAAGAUUCCGCGCGAGCCUGGAAACCCGGGAAAGGGUAACUACUGGACGCUGGACCCGUUGGCGGAGGACAUGUUUGACAAUGGUAGCUUCCUGAGACGCAGGAAGCGAUACAAGAGGCCGCCGCCGCACUACGUGCUGCGAGACCGGGCGAUCAUGGCCACCUUCGCUAUUUGUGGUGACCGAGGACCCUGUCCAGGUGGCGGCGGCAGUCACCCGGGUGCUCUCGCUUAUCCUGGAGCCGCUUAUCUAUCACCACCACCCGGUCUGCCAUUACUAGACUUUUCUCCAUCGACCCUGGAGGCGCUGAAACUCGGCGGUUUCCUGGAACCGCCGCCACCGCUCUACAAACCAGUGCCCAUCACGGCGCCGCCGAUCAGGCAGAUCGAUCCGACCUCCACCAGGAUCACUACGCUGCCAGCUAGUCAUACGACGAGCGUCGACAAGAAGCGCAAUUUCAGCAUCGAUGCGCUCAUCGGCAAGCAAGCGGCCAGCGAUCAAAACUGCGGCGCGUUGCUGGAUCUCAGUCCGUCGGAGCACAGAGAGAUCAGGAGUCAGGCGUCUGCCUUCUCGCCGCUUGUCUAGGAGCCUGACGAUCUUCUUUUCCAAUC